GGCGUUGUACAGCGCAAUGCCGGUUUACGACAGUGUUUUUUCUACCUUUACGGCUGUCAUUAGCAACUGAACCGACAGGGGCCUGCUGGCUCGGGACUGCUGCGGUUCGGUGGUGCCCGGGCUAUGAGGUGGCAGCCCUGGGAAGAGGUCCAGAAAGAAUUUGGGGAGCCCACACACAAGGAUGUGAAGAGCUGAAUGGCCUUCAGACCUCAGAAGGGGAGUGGCAUUUGAUUCAUCAAAAGAAGGAAAACUGAGGCAUAGCAGCAUACUCACCCAGAGAGAUGACACCGGAAUUGGGGGACUGAUAAUUAAUGAAGACAGGUCACUGACACAGAGAGAUCUGGAUCGCCUGGUAAGCCAGACACAGACAAACAAUAUGCAUUUUAAUAUGGCUAAAUGUAAAGGUAUACAUCGAGGAAUAAAGAAUGUAGGCCAUACUUACAGGCUGGGGGAAGCAGUGACUCUGAAAAGGAUUUGGGGGUCAUGGUGGAUAAUCAGUUGAACAUGAGAUCCCAGUGUGAUGUUGUGGCCAAAAGAGAGAAUGCAAUCAUUGGAUGCAUAAACAAGGAAAUGUUUAGUAGGAGUAGAGAGGUUACUUUACCUCUGUAAAGCACUGAUGUGACUGCUGAUGGAAUACUGUGUCCAGUUCUGGUUCCUACAGUUCAAGAAGGAUCUUAACAGAUUGGAGAGGGUUCAGAGAAGAGCCACGAGAAUGUUUUCUAAUCCUCUAAUCACACGCCUUAUAGUGAUAGGUUGAGCUCCUUCAGUUUAUCUAUCUUAAAGAGAAGGUUGAGGGGUGACUUGAUUAUAGACUAGAAGUACUUAUGGUGAACAAAUGUUAAUAAUUAGCUUCUCAGUCUAGCAGAGAAAGGUAUAACACAAUCCAAUAGCUGAAAGAUGAAGCUAGACAAAUUAAGAUGGGAAAUAAGGCACAUUUUUAACAGAGAAAUUAACCAUUGGAACAAUGUGAUGGAAUCUCCAUUUUAAAUCAAGAUUGGAUGUUUUUCUAAAAAAUCUGAUCUAGGAAUUAUUUUGGGGAAGUCUUCUGGCCUGUGCCAUAUAGGAGGUCAAACUAGAUGAUCACAGGGUACAUCUAACCUGCAAUAAAAAGACCCGAGGCAUGGCUAUAGCUGGCCCUUGUGGGACUUAGGCAGCAGGGUUAAAAAUGGCAAUGUAGAUAUUCAGAUGUGGGCUGGAGCCUGGCCUCUUAAAUCCCGUGAGGGGAGUGGGUAUUAGAGCCCAGGCUCCAGUCCAGACCCCAGUGUCUACACUGCUAUUUUAGCCCCACAGCCUGAGCCCCAUGAGCUCCAAUCAGUUGACCUCAGCGCCAUAAGUUUUGUAUUGAAGUGUAGAUAACCCUCAGUGGGCUCUUCUGGGCCUGGAAUCUAUGAAAAAGCACUGACAUGGCAUCAAAAACUACAUUGGUUAUAAGGAUGGUACUGUGGUUAAAUCAUGGGGCUGAGAGGUGGGUUUAUAUUCCUAUCUCUGCCAAAGACUUCCUAUAUGACCUUGGGCAAAUCAUUUAAUGUCUCUGUUCCUCAAUGUUUCUGUAUCUAAGGUUUGGAUAAUAUCUUCCUCUGCUGGUUUUUUGGGCUUUCUCCAAAUUUUGUAGAUUUACUAAAGAGCACAAUAAAUAACAUAUUUUAAAAUAUUCUAUCCAUAUGUUCUUAACAUAUUAUUAAAACAGAAGUGUAACAAAAUCUGAUUCACUUUUCACCGUUUGUUCUUUUUUGCUCAGGUUAGAUGAUAAAAAUAGACUUUCACUUUUUCUGUGUCAAUUUCUAGUCAGUUUCACUUCCUGGUUCUCAUGCACUAGCACAGCGUGGCACAGUUUGUGUUCACAACUUUAAAAAGUCUUCAUUUAUGUUUUAUUAAAAUAAUUCAGGUUUUGCAAAAUUUUAGUAAAACAACACCACCACCACCACCACCACCCUAAAUUUUGGCUUCAAAGGGACACCAUCAACUUAAGAAUCACACUUCUGUCUUAAGUGCUACUAAUAACCAGUAAAAAAAUUAAGGUUGCAAUAACUCAGAUGUGACAGAAAAAAAGAAUAUGGCAUAUUAAUGUGGUAAUUCAGUCAUCUUAAUGCAAGGUAACCUUUUAAAUUACUGAACCAUCUGGACAACUUCAGAAGUGGGACUUGAUAGAAUAAACCCAAAUACUAAUAUAAAAGUCACAUUUCUAUUUAAAUUACUUUCCUGUGUCCCCAAAUACUCUGGAUCUUCAACUUCCACUCAGAAAGAAGGCAUGCCCAUCUGCAUUUGUUUCAAAAUCAAUACCCAGUUGCUUUAUCCAGCAGGAAAGCAGAGAAGUAUAUGUUGCUUUCACAUGUUCAGCCAGCUACUUGACAAAAAAACAGAGCAUUACUCUUGUUUAUAAUCUUGAUUACUGCUGUAGUCCUCGUUGUAGCCAAUUGGUAUUUCUUCUAAAUUAUUAGGGAUUUUGUAUGAGGUAUGCUAGAAAUUCUCUACAAAGAGUAGGUCAGAUCUGUAACUGAGAGCUGAAAAAGACUCCCCUUAAGAUAUGUGGGAAGUUCUGAUUGGAAUUUUGUGACUUGAACUUGAAACACCCCUAACCUGUAGAAAAGUUUGGAUCCAAUCCAAACUUCACACAGAGUUCAUCUUUAGUUCUAAUUGGAAGGUUCUGUUUCACAGAGAAAAAGCUGCACUUUCCAAACCGGCUCUACUAUUUGUGGUGCAGUAUGUACCACUUAUGCUGAGUGGCUCUGGAAUUAAAUGAGAGUCUGUGAAGUGUUCUCCUUUAAGCUCUGCAAUACAUCUGGUGAGUCAUCAUGCAGAUCUUACAAGCAGUUUCACAAAUACCAGAUGGCAAUAAAAUUAAAAGUAGUAGCUAGUAGCAAUUAAGUGUUGUUCAUUAUAAUCGGAACAAGAGAAUCCUUGUGGGAAGCCACCAAAUUAUUUACUUAAAAAAAAAAAAUGGAAAGCCAAGUUUCAUUGCUACAGGGAGGAAAAAGAACAAAGUUCAGAAUGCAAGCUUCAUCGUGCAAACAUUAAUCCUUGCAAGGCUUGAUUGGCAAGUUUGCUGUUUUGAUCUGCAUGUCUCUGGGAGAAGAUGAAGCACACAUCUGAGAAGUUUCUCAUUAGCAGACUGGCCAAAGACUGCCCACUUUUAGACUGUAUUGUGAGGUAUAUACCUGUUUAUCCAGUAUUUCAGUUAAGUGAGAGUUUGGGAGUCUUGGAGACUUAAUGCAUUCUCCAUGUUUUUUCUACUGUCCUAAACUCCAGGUUGUUCCAUUGUACUUACUCCUUACAUUUGGAAAUAAUGGAUCUGAGUCCAAAGUAACAUGUGAAAUGGUCCCAGAUACCAUUGUGUCUGGCUCAGUAGAAAUAAUAAUGGGCUUUUAAAAGUUAAGAUAUGUCACCUUGGGCCUUCCUUCCUGUGUAUUACACAUCCAACCUGUUUCAUGCAAGUUACCUUGGAUCUUCCUUCCAGUAUAUUACACAUUUAACAUGCAUGUCAUUGUUAUUCUAUUUAACAGGCUUUCUUUGGCAAAGUCACAUGUUAAAGGGACCAUGCCAAGAUUUGAUAGGUUAAUUUUAGGCUUAUCUUCAUUUACAUACAUCUAGCCUAGGAAAGGCUUUUUUUGUUGCCAUGAGGAAGAGCCCAAAUCCACUCCUUCCUAAUGUGUAAACAAACCAUGCUCGAGCUGUUUUCUAUCAUAAUGGAUAGGUGUUGCCUUGGUUACAAUGAAUCAUACUAAAGUGACACAUUAAUUUUUGCACAGCACUUUGGAAGUAUAGGGCCAAAUCCUGGCUUGCUUCUGUGCUGCACGUGGCAUGGCUCGGGAGUGUGUGGGAGCAAAAGUUAUUUAAAGCCACCUUUACAAUUCCUUGAUUCUGGGGCCAUCAAUCUGUCAGCCCAGUACCCGGCAUUAAGUAGAGCAGCCUGUGGAUUCCAGCAUGUUUUAGCAGUUGAGGAUCACCAGGCAUGGAGAUGCUUGGGCAAGGGGAGGAAAUGGGGAGGCAUAGAAGUCACUGUCAGCCCCACACCACUAAGCAAUUUCCCUCAGCAGGGGGAAUCUUCUACUGGGCAAAUCCUAAUCUGGGUUUGAAAGUGCAGACAGUGCUUAUUAUUUACUAUUAAAUAGCUCUUUUCCUUCCUUGUGUUGAUACUUUUUUAAAAAUAUGUUUUUAAAAAUUUGAUUUUAAAAGUCUGAUUUCAUUUUUAUUAUUUAUGCUGUCUCAUUAAUGUGCAUUUCACUUGGACAUUAGAUUAGUCAAUUUCACCUUUGUUAGUCCGUUUCACAUCCCAGUUCUUAUGCUCUAACCCAGAGGGGUUCUCAGUCUUUUUCUAUACCAGGACUAACCCAAAAUCUCCUUCGUAUUUUGCAAUAAGGGAAGGGAGGGGUGGUCAUAACUACCUGCUGAGUUGUGAUUCACCCCAUGGUGAGAAUACAUACAUGUACACAAUGCUUUUGUGUUUUGGUUUCCAACAUUACAGAGGAAAAUUUAAAUCCCCAAACAGCUGUUGAAUUCCAGAAACUUCUAUAAACCCCCUUUUUUUAAUAAAAUCUUCAUUUGGUACCUGAAUCUCUCUUUAGGUCAGGUAUUUGGGGCAGUGUAGGGUUAUUCAGUUGUUUUUAUUUGCCUGCUGAAGCAAGGAUCAAUUAGGGGUGGGGCAAAUAGAUACCUAGAACUGUCCAGAGAAGAAUCUCAACAUGAGCUAAAUGUUGAGGUAGGCCACUCUUUAGAGCAACCAUCCUUAAUUAUUUUUUACAACACCUCUUCCUUAUGAUUAGUCAGGAGACCAGUAAACAGUAUAACUACUAAAUCCUUUCUCUUUGAGCAGAAGUGUGUCAAGCGAGGAUUUCAGUUGGGGUUAAUGAACAUCUUGAAUUAACACAUACUUAAUAUAGAUUUAGACAGUCCAAGAAGUAACAAAGUUGCUAAAUUGGGUCCUAAGGAGUGCUUGCAUGUGGGGGAGUUUUAUCAUGUUAGUAAUCUUGUUUUUCUUUAGUGUAUUCCUCCCAUUACAGGCAGCUGCCUUUCCAUCAAGCUGGAAGACAAGCAGUUUUGCGUGGACCAAGUAGUUCUUCUGACAUCACAAGCCAUGCAUCCAUCUGUCUAUCUUAGCUUUUGACCUUACUUGGACUGCUGUGGCCCCUGCCUGUGCAGAAUGGACCCUGUUGUUCUGAGUUAUGUGGACAGUUUGCUGAGGCAGUCGGAUGUUUCCUUGCUGGAUCCCCCCAGCUGGCUUAAUGACCACAUCAUUGGGUUUGCUUUUGAGUACUUUGCUAGUGACCAGUUCCAAGACUUUUCCGAACAAGUAUGCUUUGUCAGCCCUGAAGUGGCUCAGUUCAUCAAGUGUGCCACCAGCCAGGAGGAAGUAGCCAUGUUCCUGAAGCCGCUGGGCCUCCCACACAAGGAGGUUGUGUUCCUGGCCAUCAAUGAUAACUCCAACCAGGCUGCUGGGGGCACCCAUUGGAGCCUCUUGGUUUACUUCCGGGACAAAAACUGCUUUGCCCAUUAUGACUCCCACAGUAAGAGCAACUCUGCCCAUGCCAAGCUGGUGGCAGGGAAGCUGGAGGCAUUUCUGGGAAAAAGAGGAGGCAAAGUGGCCUUCGUAGAGGAGAAGGCACCUGCCCAGCAGAACAGCUAUGACUGCGGAAUGUAUGUGAUCUGUAACACAGAGGCUCUGUGUCAGGGAUACUUUAGGGGACAGCAGGAGCCAGUACUGCAGCUCCUCACUCCUUCUUAUAUCACAGGGAAGAGGGCAGAAUGGAAAUCUCUCAUUGCCAAACUUGCACGCAAAUGACUUAAAUGUAAUUGUCCCUGCUUCCAACAACUACCUUUCCAGUCCUCUAGUCUCCACCCCCAGUGCCUGAGGGAGAUAUCUGUGUACAGAAUUUCUCCGCAGAAAGAAUGUAACCCCUCCAGCAUGGCUACACCCUGCACUACCCCCAAUGAAAAGCCUUAGUCUGCUCUACAACCCACUAGCCUUCAGACUUAAGUACUGGUAACAUCACUUUUUGCAUUCAGCAGAACCUUCUGAAAGGCAGUUUUAUUACUUCAAGCACUUUUCUGGCUAUCUCAGACUAGGUUGGUGAAGAUUCCUCUCACCCCCACAGUAAGCAAUGUGCCCUCACUAUGUGAUUUUUAAUUUUCUAUGGACAUCGCUAGUCUAAAUCUAAUCCAGUUCAGUGAUGUCCAUCAUACAUACAUGUGUCCUUUUAAAAUUAGGCCGUCUCUGAUUUGUCCCUGCCUCUAAUUGUGGUUCCAAGUUAUAGGAUUUAGUAGUCUAGCUACACAACUCUGCCCAAAAAUUUGGUUUUGGGAUAUCUAUAUCUUGUGAUCUGAGAGUGCAAAAUCAAAAGUAAAGGCGAGGAUCAUGUAAAGGUGCCUCAAAAGGUAAGAAGAAAAGUGAUUUUUGCUCUCUUUUGCUGCUUUAAGGAUGUAUAACAAAGGCCUGAAUUUUUCUUGUUUUUUUUAUUGGAAAUACACAUUUUUUGUAUCCUGGAUAAUUGAAUCUCUAGAAAGCUAGUAGAACAGUGACAAAACAAGUACUAAGAAAGUGAAACCUGGUUGAGAUGGAAAGUGUUUUAAACAGUGAAUAAAGGUUGUUUUCAUCAACACAUACUUAGUACAAAUAUCCUACAAAAAGUUGAGGGGGGAAAAGCCUUCGAUUCCACACCUCUACCCCUCCAGUCAAGUUUUAGAACAAUUUGGAAUAUGCAUGAGACUGCCAACAACUUCUCUCGCAAAAUCCCCAAAAAACAGACUUUACAUUCCUGAUAUUUCUAAUGGAAAAAAUGAGAAUGAGAAAAGCCUUUGACCCUCUCAUACAUAAUAAAAAGCAGUACCAGGGAA